AACAAUUCCAAUAAUUUCUUGUUGGAAAAGGGAUAUGUCACUUGAAAGGAUAAAAACAGAAAAUGAUUUGAACUAUGGAUAUGGAAAAGUCCUUCCAAGAAUAGAAGAAAAGCCUGCAGACAAUCCUAAGGUACAAAAUGAUCAUUUAUAAAUUAUGAAAUGUUCAAUAUCAAAACACAUAAUGUCUUAUAUGAUUUUUCUUAUAUGUUCUAUAAAUGACAGGUCUUUAUGAAUGAAUUUGCAUCAAUGGUACAAGAAGUUGGUGCAUCUUUGGCAAGACUUUCUACCAAAUUGGUUAAGGCAAAAGAGCUCUUCCCUGGGAAUCAGUUGGUCAAGAAGGUAGAUGAAGUGUUGGGAAAGAUGGCAAGAGAACCAUCAAUUCUCAGCCAAGAUGAAGAAAUAUUUGGAUUAGAGGAUUUUUUGAAUGCCAUAGCUCAAAUUGAGAAGGAACUGAUGGAGGCAAGUGAAGCAGAAAAAAAGAAAAUAGGAAAUGAGAAGGAAUAUGAUAUAAGGAAGGCAUUCAGUUUGGGUUGCAACUUAACUCCCCCAACUCCAACAACUGGUAAAUAUGCUUAAUUAAAAACUGUCAUUAAUUUGAAUAUCCUUACUUAAAGAGUAUAAUAUAAUUAAAGAAUUAAAAUUUAAUUUAUUUGAACACAAAAGCACAGAUUAAUGUUGCAGCCACAACUUCAACAACAACUGAUGCAAAUGUUUCUUCUAAGCCAGAAGAGGAAAGAGUUGGAGGUUCAAAUUCUGAAGAACCACAAGAUGGAGGAAAUUCAAAAAAAGGUAAAAAGUUCACUUAUAUAGUAUUAAAUGAACAUUUGUGAUUGUAAGAUAUUCUUCUUUAAUGAUACUAAGUCUAUAUAUGUGUGAAUGCAAAUUAAUACAAAAAGCAUUAAACAAAGGUGAAGGUUCAAAAUCUGAAGCAUUAGAAGAAAAUGUUGAAGGAAAUUCAAAGAGUGCAUCUGAUUCAAAAGUUGGUGAUCCCAAGACACCAACUGAAAAUAGGGAAGCUGCUGGAGAUAUUUCUACAAUCUUGAAAUCUCCAGCAUGUUCAAGUAUGGAAGAUAUCCUUGAUAAAUCAAACAAGAAAGGAGGAAGCAUGGGGUAAACAUGGAAGACCUAUCUUGUUAGAAAAUAUAUAAUUUUGAAUGGACAUGUAGAAUAAAUUUGGUUAUAAAGUGUAAUUAUUUUGGACAGUUUUUGUUUAUGAAGUUAGUAAUGAAUAUGUAUUAUAAAAUCAGAAGGGAAUAUUUUGCUUUAGGGUAGGAAUGCACAAUUUAAGAUAUGUAAAUUAUGUAUUUUAAUUUAAAUGUUUUAGUAAUAUUUUAAGUGUUUAUUGUUCAAAAAAAGGAGAAUAAUGUUUUUUUUAUAUUAAUUACUCUUCAUUACUAACCAUGAUUAAUAUUUCAGAGAAGACAAGAAGAAACAGAUAUAUGCUUCAAAUGUGAAGGAAAGUGACAGAGAGAAGACUUUGGAAAGAAAAAAAUCAAGAGAAGCUGAGAAGGCAAAAACUGAGAUUGCAAAGGAAAAAGAGAUAAGGUAUUACUAUUUGUUCUUUAUAUAAAUUAUUUGUUCAUUAUUAAAAAAAUUCAUAUUUGUAUUAAUAUAUGGUCACAUUAACUAGGCCAAAAAGGGAAAUCCCAAAUGUUCCUCUUGCUUUCCGAUCUCCAUACAUGGUCAAGUACAAGGAUUUGUUCAAAGAUGAAGACACAAUGAACAAACUUGUAACAGACUAUGCUUAUAGUGGAAAAGAUCAAAGUGAGCUACUAUACUAUGAUGGAGUGAAUUCGAUCAAUAGGGAAGAGAUGAAAACUCUUGAAGGGGAUACAUUAGUAGUUAACAAUGUGAUCGAUUCAUGGGCAGUACUUCUGAAUCAAAAAAGGUCAAAGAACAAGUUAUACUUUUCAACAUUUCCACAUCAAAUUAUGUAUGCAAAUACAGUGUGUCCUGAAGGAUCAUCAAUGGAGCUUAGAAUUGCAUACUUCAAAGAAAGAAUAACAAAUGAAUUGAGGUUAUACAAAAUCAAGAGUGCAGUUGGAUAUCAACAGGUAUUAAUGAACAAUAUGGAAUUAUAAUAUGUUCAUUUACAUUAAUGUGUAUAUAUAAUAAUAUUGUGUACUAUGUACAGAUUUUUUUUCC